AUGUCUGCCCUCAAAAGAGUUGUUGUAACGGGGUUGGGCACAGUCAACCCACUAGGAGUGGGUGUGACUACUUCUUGGAAUAAGCUGGUGUCUGGAAAAUCUGGAAUUGUGGCUCUAACCGAACCCGAGUACCAAUCACUUCCAAGCACCGUGGCUGGCAAAGUACCCAUAAAUGAAUGGAAUCCCUUGGAUUGGAUUGACAGCGCCACGGUUAAGCGUACUUCUCUUUUUGUCCAGUAUGCUCUAGCGGCUGCAAAACAAGCGUUGGACGAUGCUCAGUGGCCAACGCAAACUGGUGCGACUGGGAAUAUGGACCGCACAGGAGUGGCCAUAGGGUCUAGCAUUGGCGGGCUUGAGGCUCUCUAUGAUAAUGCUGUAAACUAUAAUACGGCCGGUUACCGGAAAGUUUCGCCGCUUUUCAUUCCCAAUCUGUUGAAUAAUAUGGCCAGUGGACAUGUAUCCAUAAAAUAUGGAUUUAAGGGCCCUAAUCACACUGUCUCCACAGCCUGUACCACUGGUGCCCAUGCGAUAGGAGAUGCUGGAAAUUUAAUACGUCUCGGAAUGGCUGACGUUAUGGUUGCUGGUUCUAGUGAAGCCGUCAUACAUCCGUUAGCGAUAGCAGGCUUUGCAAGAGCUAGGAGCUUAGCAACGAAAUAUAAUGAUGAGCCGGAGAAGUCGUCUAGACCCUUUGACAAAGCACGAAACGGAUUUGUAAUAGCUGAGGGUUCUGCUGUUGUAAUCCUAGAAGAAUAUGAGCAUGCGCUGCGAAGAAAUGCAAGAAUUUAUGGAGAACUUAUAGGUUACGGUAUGUCAGGUGAUGCUAACCAUAUAACAGCUCCAGCAGAAAAUGGCGACGGUGCGUUCAGGUCUAUGACCAUGGCUAUCCAAAAUGCGGGCAUAACUCCAGAUCAGGUGGACUAUAUUAAUGCGCAUGCUACAUCUACUCCUCUUGGGGAUGCUGCAGAGAAUUCGGCUAUUAAGAGGCUGUUUGUAUCACAUAACAGAAAGGCGUCAGAUAUCAAUGUCUCUUCUACAAAGGGGGCAACUGGCCACCUUCUCGGUGCUGCUGGUUCUCUGGAAGCUAUCUUUACGCUUCUUUCUAUUCAUACCAAUAAGCUUCCUCCCACUUUAAAUCUUUCAAGCUACGAGCCUGGGUUUGAUUGUAAUUAUGUAGCCAAUGUUUCUCAGGAAGCGAGAGUCAAUGUCGCUUUAACCAAUAGCUUCGGGUUUGGGGGAACAAAUGCAUCACUUUUAUUCAGAAAGUUGUAA